CCCACUUCCCCUCGCACCAAAGCGACACAGAAGAUCCUUCUUAUUUCGGCGCGGUGCUGCGAAACCCUAAUCUUAACCCUAACCCUAGCCCGUGAUCGGGAUCUCCCUCUUCGCUGCGGCCAUGGAGACGGCGAAGACCGUGAAGGACGUCUCGCCUCACGAGUUCGUGAAGGCGUACUCCGCUCACCUCAAGCGAUCCGGAAAGAUGGAACUUCCCGAAUGGACUGAUAUUGUGAAGACCGGGAGGUUCAAGGAGCUCGCUCCUUACGAUCCUGAUUGGUACUACAUUAGAGCUGCUUCAAUGGCAAGAAAGAUAUAUCUAAGACAAGGUAUUGGUGUUGGUGGUUUCCAGAAGAUUUACGGGGGGCGCAAGAGGAACGGUUGCCGCCCGCCACAUUUCUGCAAAAGCAGUGGCGCGGUUGCUCGCCACAUCCUGCAACAGUUGCAGAAAAUGAACAUUAUCGACGUUGACCCCAAGGGUGGGAGAGCGAUAACUUCUCAGGGACGGCGUGAUUUGGAUCAGGUGGCUGGACGGAUCGUCGUUGUUCCCUGAGCAAGCUUCUGAGGUUCUGAAACUUCUGAUCCUAGCCAUGUUUGAUGAAUAUUAUUGGCCGCAUAGCUCGUUGCAGUUUUGGAGUUAGUCAUUUGUUUGGAGUUAAGCAAAAUAGAUAUAUCUUAGAACCUUCUCGAAGUUACUGUAGUCUCUCUUUUUCCCUAUUGCUCGCAUGUUUGUGUUUGGAUUUUGCUGGUUUCUUAUGGAAGAUUUUUUGGAACCCUAUCUUAUCAAUCUGUUGAGAUAUAAAAACAUGAUUAUUGUUCGUCUCA